AUGACUCGAAAGAAAGUAAAGCUGGCGUACAUCAUCAACGACUCGGCUCGGAAGGCGACAUACAAGAAGCGCAAGAAGGGCUUGAUCAAGAAGGUGAGCGAGCUAAGCACGUUGUGCGGGAUCGACGCGUGCGCCAUCAUCUACAGCCCCUAUGACUCGCAGCCGGAGGUGUGGCCGGAUGCGCGCGGCGCGCAUCGCGUGCUGACGCAGUUCAAGAGGAUGCCGGAGAUGGAGCAGAGCAAGAAGAUGAUGAACCAGGAGGGAUUCAUCCGCGGCCGGAUAUCGAAGGCGGCGGAUCAGCUGAAGAAGGUGCAAAAGGACAAUCGGGAGAAGGAGAUCACGCACCUCAUGUUCCAGUGCCUCACCGGAAAGGCCCUCCAGGGGCUGCCAUUGCCGGACCUCAACGAUCUCGGAUGGCUCAUCGAUCAGAACUUGAAGGAGAUUUAUAAGAGGAUUGAUGGGAUAAAGAAGGCGGCGGCGGAUGUCGCCACGGCAGGGAAUGUGGCAGAUCAGGCGGCGCCGGGCCAGCAGCAUUGGUUUGGGGAUUGGAUUGCGAAUCCGGUGGGGAAUAAUGAUCAACGGCAGAUUGGGGAUUGUUCUUAUGGUGGCGCGGUUGGCGGCGGCAGAGGUGGUGCGGAUGACAUGUUGAUGGCGGGGUUUAAUGAUGGGAAUGGUAAUGGAUCGAUGUGGUCGAGUGUGUUCUUCCCUUGA